AUGUAGGCGUCUACGUUUAACGCAACAAUCGCCAAGUCUUACCUUGGGGCCUCUUCUCCUCUACUUUUCCCUCCAUUCUCUCCCUGCUCUGAUCCUCUUGGAGUAACCCACCAUCGCCGAAGUGAUACGGUAGGUAUGGGGUGUUAAUGUAUGUGUAAGAGAAAACAUGGGGCAGCCGGGAAUUAGAGAUUCUAGAACCCUUCGACGUGAUCCCCCUCCCUCUCUUCGUCACCGGAACCGGAACCCCGCAGCGUCGCAUUGAUAGACGAGUAUAUAGGUAUGUUGGAGUCGCGACGGCGCGAACGAAUCUUACGCCUCGCGCUGUGUCCCCAGACUCCAACCCCAAUUCGCGCUCACUCAUCGCUCGGGAUAUACCGGAACGUUCCACCCCAACCGCAACCGUAGACAAGGAGAGGCGAGCAACAUUACCAGAACGAGACCCGGAAAAUCAAGGAAUAAGAGAGAGCUAGGGAGAGAAGACGGGAGAAGAGAAAUAUUGAAAAUGCCGUCCGGUCACGUCUCAGCGAGCGUAGACGGCACCGUGAUCGCCGCCUCGGACACCUACGAGCUCGUCGAGGGCAACAUCUACUUCCCGCCCGCGGCCCUCAAGCCCGAGUACUUCAGCACCACCGACCUGCACACGCACUGCGGGUGGAAGGGCGACGCGAGCUACUACACCAUCAAGGUCGGAGACAAGGAGCUGACCAACGCGGCGUGGUACUACCCGGACCCGAUGGAGAAGGCCAAGCACCUCAAGGACUACGUCGCCUUCUACAAGUCUAAGGUCAACAUCUCGACCGCCUGAAGCCGAGCAGGCGUGUGCCCGAGGCAGGCUGCUAGAGCCCGGGCUCGAAGACCGGGCAGGAGAGCGAGACGGCGUGCGGCGUGCGGCGUGCGGCGAUGGCACGUUUCGGCAUGUGGCGGGGGGAAACACCUACCGUCUAGCUUAGCUAGAAGCCAUUCAUCUGAUGCAUAAAACCAAGGAACUCCGAACGAUGUAGGUAUGAAAUACAUGUGAGUGCCUCUAAACUUGAACGACCUCAAAAUCAGAUUCAAAAACGUACCCCUAAUAUAUGGGAAGAAAACGGUCGUUUUAGAAACUCACUGGUCUUCUGCGUAACCUCCAAUCCACAGUCAAUAUCUGCAUUCAUAGAACACGCAGAUGGUGUGUAAUCGAAACAUUACCGUAGAAUGGGUACUUGGGAGACAAAAU